AUGAUCAUCACCACCACCACCAACCGAACUCGCAUCAUCUGGUCUUCAAAUUCAUCGAAAAUAGUGGCAAGUAAACCAAUCUUGCAGCUCUUAGACACUGGCAAUCUCGUCGUGAAAAAUGAGUUUGAUGAUAAUUCAGGAGGAAGCUACAUAUGGCAAAGCUUUGAUCAUCCAUGUGAUACAUUGAUUCCAGGAAUGAAGCUUGGAUGGAACCUCAGAACCGGCCAGGAAUGGUUUUCGAGGUUGAAGUUGCCGGAUACAUCGUAUUUCUUGGUGAACAAAACUGCUGUGAAUCCUGUGGAGUGUAAGGAGGCUUGUUUGAGUAAUUGUUCAUGUGUGGCUUAUGCUAAGACUGAGGUUAGUGGGUGUGUGGUAUGGUUUGGUGAUUUACUUGAUAUCAGAGUAUACAAUGAGGGUGGACAAGACCUCUAUAUUAGGAUGGCUGCUUCUGAACUUGGGUCCAGCAACAAGUCUAAACGAACGGCAGUGAUCGCAUCAGUAUCAGUAGUUUCUGGGAUUAUUCUACUGGGGUUAAUCAGCUGGUCAAGUGGUUGA